CUUUCUUUGCCGCUCUCUCUCUCUCUCUCUCUCCGGCGAUUCAAGGUGCUCUCUCUCUCUCUCUCUCUAUCUAUCUACGCCGUGACGAUUUCUUCGACGAUUGGCUACGCUAUGUUUGGACACUCGUGAUGAUUUUUGCUCCGACUGAAGAAUGAAUUGAAUCCAGAAUUGGAUUCGAUCGCAUCGUCAUUGCGGUAGGGGCGAGCUGUGGUGCGGUUUGUUGCCUCGAGCUGGUUUUUUAGAUAGCAUAAUGGAUAACAAAGAUGUAGAAAUGGAAGACGCCGAAAAGCAUGAUUCAGAGAAUGACAUCAAAGAAAAUGAUGACAAAGUGAGCGACUUUGAGAUUGAAUUGAAAAAGGAUGAGCCUCCAUAUGCAGUUACUGUUGCAGAGGAUGCAAAUCAAAACGGAAAUGGUGAUGACAGCUCGAAUAAACUGAGUAGCUUGACUGAAAUGGAAAGUCAAACUAACUGUGUAGAUGAGACUAAUGAGCCAGUGUCGGUUGAGGGUGUUGAACAAACAGGUGAAAAAAUUCAUGCUGAAAGAAAAAAUGAAGGGGGAAUCAGCAUUGGUGCUGAUGCGGAAGUGCAAGCUGCUUCUGAAAGUAUAGUGGAUGAUAUAACCUGUCUCAAGAAUGGAGUGGUUAAGGAAAGUGAUGCUAAUGAUGGGUUGAAAGAGGAAGAUCCAGUCGGGAAUGAUGAUGAAAGUGAAAUACCUGUGAACAAUGUGGAGGGAAAUUCCAGUUGCAAUGUUGCAGUGGAAAAGCCUAUAGAGAGUAUGGAGACUGAAGAUUGUGUUAAAAAUGUUUCCCAAAUAGAAACAGCAGCGGAAAAUGUUGCAAAAAGUGAAAUGGCAGAUGAAAAUGUGAAUAGUGGGGGUGAGUCUAGUGGAAAUAAUGGAUUUCAAUCUGGAUUAUCUUCAAACGAGGCUCCUCAAGACCAAAGUGUUCCAUCAGUCGGGGUUCCACAGAGUGGGGACAAAGAGGAAGAAUAUGCAGCUAAUGCAAAUGAGGAUAAAGUAGUUAAUGAUGAACUAAAACAACAUGGUAAUGAAGUAGUUCUUGCUGGCCCUGUAACUGAUGAGAAUACCAAGAGUGUGGAAACUGUAACUAGACACGAAGGGAAUGAUUCGUCUAUACCGAAUAUGCAUGAAGUUGCUACACCUAGUUCCAUUGACAGAUAUAUGCCGACGAAUAUGGGGAGCCAUAGCAGAGAAGCAGACAAGACCUUUUGUAGCCAAGCCACACUGAUGCCGGAGUGUGACGAUGGAACGCCAGAGGACCAAGCAGCAUUCAUAAGGGAACUUGAAAGUUUUUAUCAUGAGAGAGCAACAGACUUUAAAACACCUAAAUUUUAUGGCCAACCAUUAAAUUGCCUAAAGUUAUGGAGAGCUGUGAUUAGAUUGGGGGGUUACGACAGGGUAACUGGAUCCAAGUUGUGGCGACAGGUGGGAGAGUCAUUUCAUCCACCAAAGACUUGUACAACAGUUUCAUGGACAUUCCGCAUUUUCUAUGAGAAGUCUCUUUUAGAAUAUGAAAGGCAUAAGAGACUAAGUGGUGAUCUUCAACUCCCAGUAGCAAUGCUCCCUGAAGCUUCCGGUGUUAUUACUGAGAGUAAUGACUAUCAAGGAUCAGGACCAGGAAGGGCUAGAAGAGAUGCUGCUGCUCGUGCCAUGCAAGGUUGGCAUGUCCAGCGCCUUUCUGAUUAUGGAGACGUUGGUGAGCCUGUUAUAAAGGACAAGAACAUCAACAGUAUGGUGAAGCGUGAGAAAAACACCAAAAGCAUUGCUUCUCUCAAGCAAAAGAGACCAAAUGAGGGGGAGCUUCCGGUCAAGGCUAUUCGUACUGAAACAUCAAAGCAGCUUGUGACAUCAGUAGUUGAUGUGGGUCCUCCGGCAGAUUGGGUGAAGAUCAACAUACGGCAAGCGAGGGAUUGUUUUGAAGUUUAUGCACUGGUCCCAGGGCUUCUUCGCGAAGAGGUGCGCGUCCAGUCAGAUCCUGCCGGAAGAUUGGUCAUAACAGGUCAGCCCGAACAAGCCGAUAACCCCUGGGGCAUCACAACAUUCAAGAAGGUGGUCAACCUACCAGCCAGGAUCAACCCACUUCAGACGUCAGCUGUCGUUAGCCUUCACGGACGCCUCUUCGUCCGGGUUCCUUUCGAGUCAAAUAACUAAACAAACCUACCGAUAUCGCCUGCAAAAGUUGGGUCUGUGAAUGUGUAGCUUUUGACCAUAACAUGUGCAUGAUUUUGUUUGCAGUUUAGAUUAUUCACAGUUGAGUUCAAAGUUGGUAGUGUGAAACAUCAUUAACUUAUUAAUUCUACAGUGUAAGAUUUAAGAAGGAUUCUCAUUCUUUUCCUAA